AUGUUGUUCAAUAUAAAAGAUCAAUUAGUGUAUUACAUUUCAUUUUUAGUCAUUUUGGAAGUGAUACUUAUGUAUCAUACGUAUGCACAUAUUUCACUGAUCAAAGAAUAUAAAAAUGAUGGCAUGAAAUUCUCCAAACCUUGUCCUAAAUAUAACUACAAAUAUGAUAGUGCUUCUGGCAGUUUUUUGUGUACUGUACCAACAGCGGAAAAGUGCUAUGAAUUAUGUCAACAACAUGGAUGCACUGAUUGGCCAUUUCAUAUACCAGUUUCACCCGCUGAUAGAAUACCUCGAGAUAAUUAUCGUUGUCGAUGUUUUGAAGAAUAUAAAACAUGCUUAUAUAAUCCAUUAUCAAGAAGACAGAUUAUCAUUGAUUGA